GGGCCAGAGGCGCAGCGCGGUAAGAAAAAGCCUAGCGAAGCUCGAAUGCGGUAGUAUCAGUCCCAGAACUAGCACGUCUAUCGCUGCAACUACCCUAGAAAUAUUGCCGUGUUACGAUAGAUUACACCCUACCUCGUGGAUUACACCAAGAAGCUCUGCGUGAAACCAGUGAAACUUCAGCGCCGCAUCACAAUUAACAUCAGUUCGUUCAUGGGGUUCGGUGAGAUGGUUUCUGUUUGUGUUCGUUUGUGUCAACUGUCAGUCUUGGCUCGUCGGGUCUUUUGCCGCUGAGCCACCGCGUGGAACAACAUGAAGAUGCUUACAGUUCCCACCGAAGCGACGGCAUUCCUGGGGGCCGUCGGCAUGAUCCUGGUGGUAUUGGUCGUCUUCUACCUCUACCUGAACAAGAAGCUGUGCUUCACCACCGUCGGUGGCUUUCCCUGCUGCGAUGUCGCACCGACACCACGUGAAAAAGAGAAGAAAGUGGCAGCCAGGGAUCUAGGCAGCGCAUUUGCGUACGAGGACGCCGAGUCAUCCACAGACAGCGACGAGGAAGUGAUUCAGCAGCUGCAUCAUUCGGCCAGCACGCAGAGUGGCUUCCUUGGCAGUGCAGCAGUGCGGAGAGUGUCCUGCAUGGGUCAGUCAUCUGAGCCCAUGGGAGGCAAAGGGGCGGGCCAACUGCCGCAGCCUGACCUGGUAUCCCUGGUGGAAAGCGGGCGCGGGGCGUCGAGUGGCGCCGACACGGCGGAUGAGGAGGACGGUGCCAGCCACCGCUCCCGCACCGUGGGCGGGAUGCCGUCCCAGGUGUCCACCUCGGCUACGGUCCGGAGCGCCCUCCACUACGAGAACGGCGCCUUCCUCAAGGCCGAGGACUCCCCGCUGUCCCUCAUGGCAUGCGGAGGCACCGACGAGCCUAUGCUGCUGGAUCUGGCCGAGGAAGAGCUUCGCUGCGUCGGAGCCACGGGACUGCGAGGAGAUGUGGGUCCGUCGGAGUCCACCACCCGCUGCGGUGCCCUGGAGCUGACCUUCAACUACAGUCCAGCCUCGCGCAAGCUUACGGUGGGAGUUCUGCGUGCCCACGACCUCCCCAGCCGAGACCGGGGUGGCGCCAACAGCGUGCAGGUGCGUCUGCUGUUGCUCCCCCACAAGCGGCAGAAGUUCAAAACCAAGAUCCGGCAGGCAAGCCAGGACACCCGUUUCGACGAGAGCUUUGCCUUCAGCCGCAUCAGUCCCGAGGAGGUGAACACGAUGGGCCUGCGAGUUCGGCUCUACGGCUGCGAGCGUAUGCGUCGGGAGCACCUGGUUGGAGAGACCGUGGUGCCCUUCUCUUUCCUUGGGCUAGACCAGCAGACCACCCUGUGGCUGGUUCUGGAACCUCGCUCCAACCUGGCUCACUGGGACUCCAAGUGCGAGAUCUCGAGCCUGGCCCGGUCAGACUCUACAGGCUCGACGCAGUCCAUGCAGCACGGAGGGCUCCCCGAGCUGCUGCUAGGACUGGCCUACAACGGCACCACGGGACGCCUAGCCGCAGAGGUCAUCAAGGGCAGCCACUUCCGCAAUGUGGCCAUGAACAGGGCACCAGACACCUUUGUGAAGCUGACGCUGAUGUCGUCGAGUGGGCAGGAGAUUGCACGCAGCAAGACCUCGGUGCGCCGGGGCCAGCCCAACCCUCUCUUCAAGGAGACUUUCGUGUUUCAGGUGGCCCUGUUCCAGCUGCCCGACGUGACGCUCAUGGUGUCGGUGUACAACAAGCGGUCGAUGAAGCGCAAAGAGAUGAUUGGCUGGUUCUCUCUGGGGCUCAAUAGCUCGGGGGAGGAGGAGCUGUCGCACUGGAGCGACAUGCGCGAGAGCAAGGGCGAGCAGGUGUGUAGAUGGCAUGUGCUGUUGGAAACCUAAUCCCAAGGGCGACGUAAAUGUCCCGCGAAGUCGUCCAACCCGGCCACGGCCUGUCCCGUCUCCCUCACACCGACAUCCCGAAGGAAGGGUUUGGUUUGGUUCCUGCGCCGUUUUCGCAUGGUUUGGUUUUUGGCAAGUUUUCUGAUCCAAAGGUAAGCUUUUAUGUUGUUUUUUUUUCUCUACAAUUUAUUGCAGCAUUGGCUUUUCAAUGCCCCUCCCAGCGUCAUGAUGAUGUGAGUUAUAAAUAAAUAGCACGACGACACGUAGUGCCGA